UGCGGGGGGCCUGCCAGCCGGCCUUCGACGCCAUCGACAUGGCCUGGCCCUACUUCCUGCACUGCGACCACUACUUCGCCGGCGAGCAGGAGGGCUGCUACGACCCGCUGGAGACGCUGAGGGGAGGCCUGGAGGCCGAGGAAGCGCCGCCCUCGGGACUGCCACCCACCUUCGUCCACUUCACGCACCACUCCUACGCGCAGAUGGCCCGCGUGCUGCGGAGGACGGCGGCCCGCUGCGCCCACGUGGCCAGGACCUACAGCAUCGGGCGCAGCUUCGAGGGCAGGGAGCUGCUGGUCAUCGAGUUCUCCGGCCGCCCCGGCCAGCACGAGCUGAUGGAGCCAGAGGUGAAGCUCAUCGGCAACAUUCACGGCAACGAGGUGGCGGGCCGCGAGAUGCUCGUCUACCUGGCGCAGUACCUGUGCACCGAGUACCUGCUGGGCAGCCCGCGCGUGCAGCGCCUGCUCAACACCACGCGCCUGCACCUGCUGCCCUCCAUGAACCCCGACGGCUAUGAGGUGGCCGCCGCAGAGGGCGCUGGCUACAACGGGUGGACGAGCGGGAGGCAGAACUCGCAGAACCUGGACCUGAACCGCAACUUCCCGGACCUGACGUCGGAGUUCUACCGCCUGAUCGCGGCGCGCGGCGCCCGCACCGACCACAUCGCCAUCCCGCACCACUACUGGGGGGGCAAGGUGGCCCCCGAAACCAAAGCAGUAAUGAAGUGGAUGGGGACCACCCCCUUCGUGCUCUCGGCCAGCCUCCACGGGGGCGAUCUGGUGGUGUCCUACCCCUUUGACUUCUCCAAACACCCCGAAGAGGAGAAGAUGUUUUCUCCCACGCCCGAUGAGAAGAUGUUCCGGCUGCUGGCCCGCGCCUACGCCGCCGCGCACCCCGUGAUGACCGACCGGUCGGAGAACAGGUGCGGGGGCAACUUCCUGAGCAGCGGCAGCAUCGUCAACGGGGCGCGCUGGUACAGCUUCACCGGAGGGAUGUCCGACUUCAACUACCUGCACAGCAACUGCUUCGAGGUGACGGUGGAGCUGGGCUGCGUGAAGUUCCCGCCCGAGGAGGCGCUGUACCCCCUCUGGCAGCACAACAAGGAGCCGCUCCUGAGCUUCGUGGAGAUGGCGCACCGGGGCAUCAAGGGAGUGGUGAUGGACAAAUUUGGCAAACCCGUGAAAAACGCCAGGAUUUCGGUCAAGGGCAUCCGCCACGACAUCACCACAGCCCCGGAUGGUGACUACUGGAGACUGCUGCCCCCAGGGUCCCACAUCGUCAUCGCCCAAGCCCCUGGCUACACCAAGGUCAUCAAGAAGGUCACCAUCCCCGCGCGGAUGAAGCGGGCGGGCCGCGUGGACUUCAUUCUUCAGCCUCUGAAGACAGGCCCCAAAAAGCUCCCUCAGGGGACGCAGGGGAGCAGGCUGGGGCCCCGAGAACCCCUGGGAGGCGCUGGCCCAUACGGGGAGCCCCAGGACUCCCUGGGGGGCAGGCGGCAGCCCUCAGCCAGUGGGGGCAAGCCCUGGUGGUGGUCCUACUUCACGUCGCUGAGCCAGCACAAGCCACGCUGGCUGCUCAAGUACUAGCCCCGGCCGCCCCGCCCGCGGGCUCUGUCCAGUAAAGUGUU